AUGUCGGCCAAAAGCGACUCGAGAAACAACAAGGCCGUGAAAAGCGACGAACCCAAGAAACGGCGGCGAAAGAAGGCCCGAACCGCCGAAGUUUCGGACUCCGACUCCAGUGACAGUGAAUCUGACCGGGCGGAAGAAGACGAUAAUGAAGACAACGAAGACACUACAAAUCACGUAAUCGACGAAGGUGACGUCGAAAUGAUGGAGUUUGACAAAGAUGAUGCUGCUGCUGCCGCUUCGGCCCAGACUAUGGACAUCCCAGCAGAACUGCAAUCUCUUCCAGCUGACUCAGCCAACCCCGAGUUUCAAAAGUUUUACCUGAACCUGGUCACCUCCGAGUUUGGCAAGGAUAUGGACGAGCUGCGAACGAGCAAGACUUUUAAUGACAACACUCUGGGUUUGUUGGUUGAUGCGCUAAAGCAGGGAGUGAAUGUGUUUGAUGAAAAGGUGCAGGGGGAAAUUGUCCAGCAACAAUCAUGA